UUGAGCAAAUAGCCAAAUCUCAGGGAAUGCCCAGAGACGUACGUGUUUUGCUGGCACAUUCCAUUCUCCACACAGCACUUUUGCACAAGAUUAUCACCCAAGCUUCAAGUUGAGCACAAAUAUUCAACUCUUGUAAUAGAGAUAUCUAAAGAUUCGAUAAUCCAUCACCGCGGAGCUCUGACACAGCGUUUCGACUUUCCACAAUGGCGGCGCCCAAACGCAAGAGGGAUUUCUCGGAGUUCCUCAACGAGUCGGGAGAUCUAGCAGACACCUUAUCUAUACCUCAGGCCCUUGACCUACUCUUCGACAAGAUCCUUCAUCAGCUGGCUACCAGCAGCCUCUUCAGCAAUUCUGAUCACGCACCAAACAUAUUUAUCGUCUACGCACACGAUAACGAGGAGCAAGGCGACGCCCAUGAUGCUUGUGUUCGAACGAUGAUAUCGUGGUUGAAAAAGAUCAAUGCUCAGAUCCUCUCAGAUCAGUCGCCGAUGCCUCUACAUCGCCCUAGAAUCGAAGGCACUGGCGCCGUCCACAACAUUCUUCAGAACCAAAUUUGUCUACUACCAGCUAAGGAUAACGACACUGUAACACCGACAGCAACUAGCGUUGAUAAGGUCAUCGUGUGUGGCUCCGAGGUCCUCGAGCGGUACUACGGAAUGCCGUCAGCCCUGGCUUUUAUCAAAGAUGUCGUCCAAAUCUGCGUCGAUGGCGCCGACCAGUCGAAAAUCAGAGAUCGCGUUGAGGCCGAAUGUGGCAAACCCGGGUUUCAUCACAUUUUAACAGAGCUUGCAUUCCUGGAAUUCAGAGAAUUCCAUUCAUCCAAAAAGCAUAGCAUGGUUCCUGUUAUGCUAAGCCAAGUGGCAGACGUGGCCCCCAUGCAAUACUUGCCAAUCUUUGAUAGCACUGAUGUCAAGCUGAAGCUCAAGUCCCCGGCGGCUAGUGAUCUACACAAGCUGUUCUUCAAGCUACUGGUGCAGCUUUUUCCAACCGACGGAGAUUUCAUCGAGCCUUUUCAACAAUGCUAUGAGUCCACCAGCAAAAGGCUCAAUCAAGAAGGCGAGCUAACUCGGGAAUGUUUUAACAACAUCGUGAACCGGAGCAUUUCAGACGCAUAUCAGACAUACUGGGCCCGCUUUUGCGUUGCCGUGAGAAACGGCAAGCUUCAAGCGUACACUGGCAAGCUCGGCCAUGAUGUGGCAGCCCUCAGACGGAUACAGGACGUGCAGACAACACACAAGAUACUGAAGUGGGUGUCCCCUGUUCCGGCCCUUGAGAGGCACGGAAAGUUCCACAAUAAGGGGACGAAUCGGUUGGAGGGCACCUGCAACUGGAUCAUCCAAGACAGAAAGUUCCUCCAAUGGUACGAGUCUGAAGGCUCUGAGCUCCUUGUACUCUGUGGUAGUAUCGGGACAGGCAAAACUUAUUGUACAUCGCGCGUGAUCGAUUGGGUUCAAGAGGGCCUGUCAACAAACCAACACUCUGAAGGAUUCGCUUACUUCUAUUGCAACAAACAAGACAAUGCAUCAGAUGAUCCGUGCUGGAUCUUGCGGAAUAUCAUACGGCAAUUAGCCGCGGGGCCAUGGGCGAGAACGUCACCCGGUGAAAUCAACACCGUCCACAAAGCCGUGUACCAACUGUGGGAGGCCGCUAAUGGACCGGAGGGGAUAAUCUCAACUUUUUCCCAGUGGGAAGAAUGUCUUGCGGCGCUGAUCAACACAUACCCAAGAACAACAAUUGUACUGGAUGCACUCGACGAGUGCGGAGAGGUCGAACAGAAGGCCUUGAUCCAACUGUUAGUCAAUCUUGCGUCUCCAAAAUCAAUGUGCAAGCCAGUCAAGAUCUUUGUGUCAACAAGACCUGAGGUACUCCACAAGCAACAUCUCGACAAGUAUCCGGCGAUCCAGAUGGAGAAAAAUCAACAUGCGGACGACAUAGCGCUUUUCGUGCGAACAAAAAUCACAGAUCAUCAUAGGUGGUCUAAAAUGACCACGGAGCUCCAGAACAAUAUUGCGGACACUCUUCUCGAGAAAAGCGGAGAUAUGUUUCUUUUCGCCUCGCUCCAAAUCCAGCAGUUGUUGCGUUGUGACACCGAGCCUGAUCUACGGGAAUGCCUUGCCGAGCUUCCAAAAUCUCUGGAGGAGACUUACGAAGAGCUAUAUCGACAAGCGACGGCGCGAGGGACUGAUCGGAAGAAACUUCUUGACCGAGCCCUUCGUUGGGUACUGUGCGCUGCGAGGCCCCUGACUACGGAUGAGUUGUUAUUUGCGAUCUCUCAAGACUUCGAAUCCCAUAGUCUGGUUCCCACACGCUGGGACUUGGAUGAAGAAUGGUUGUCGAAUCUGUGUCACGAUUUCUUGAGCCUGGAUUGCAGUCGCGACAAGGGCGGUAUGUUUUCCGAUGAAGAGCUUUCCGAUGAAGAGCUUUCCGAUGAAGAGCUUUCCGAUGAAGAGCUUUCCGAUGAAGAGCUUACCGAUGAAGAGAUUUCCAAUGAUCUGAAGGACGGUGCUUCCAUGUGGCGGCUGGCGCAUCAAGCAGUCGCAGAAUUCCUGGAAAAAAGCGACUGGUGCAACCACGGCCGCGCGAACUAUCAGGCUGGGGCAAUUUGCCUAACGAUAAUGCUUGAUACCUUCGGUGAAAGUCGAUCUGACGAAAAAUGUGGCACACGCGACAAUUUUCGGAGUCUUGAGGGCCUUCAGUGUCCUUGUGGAGCACCGUUGGAUGCGGAAGAAUCAAUUCACGAUCAACUCACGGAGCCUCUAGCAGAGUAUGCGAGUCAUGCCUGGCCGAUACAUUUACGCGCACUGAAGUCUCACGAGGCCAACGGCUCCGAUUGUCUUUCUCGAGCACUACAGAAGUUCUUGGGAGAAUCAAGAGCAACGAGCCUAGCCUAUGAAAAAUGGCCGCUGUCGUGGUCGCUUACUGCACUAGCGUGUGCCCACAACGAGACAAAGAUCCUUGAGCGUCUUUUGAAGAACGGAGCUGAACGAAACACUCAUCUUCUUAGCACUACGAAAGAUGACGAGGUGCCACCCAUUAUCGCCGCAGCGAUAGACGACUCAAAGGAAGCAGCGGAAGUCGUGCUUAAGAGUGGCGCUGAAAUUUGCUCAGCGUUCACGAGACACCACGGGCAUGUUUUGCUUUUCGCAAUCAAAUCCAAGUCUUUGAAGGUCCUUCGACUGCUGCUGGAUCAUAUUCGAAGUGCUACUUCUGACCAAGCCUGGACCGAGACAAACAGAGGUCUGUCUGAAGUCAGCAUCUACGAUUUCCAAUCAGAAGACACGAUCAGAGUGAUGCUUGAAGCAGACGUGAAGGUAGAUACGCCUCUAAAAGAUGGGACUAUAUUGACGGCGGCUUUACAUUACGGAUGGAAAGACUUAGUUGUCCAGUUAUUGGAACAGGGUGCAGAUGUGAACAUGCGAUUUAAGGAUUUGAGAACCGGCAGAUCUGCCGUCUAUGAUGAUGCCGUUGAAGCCUCCCUAAGCCACUUAUCUGCUGCAAGGAGGGACCAACUCGAUUCGUUUGUUUGUCUACUUAUUGACAAGCCCCAGACGCGCGUCAGAGCCAGGCACGUAGGAGAAGUAUGCACGUUCGACAGACACGAGUUGGUAUUAAAGAAACUGCUUGAGCAUGAUCCGGCACCCGACCUCAACGAGACGUACACUCUGUACGGCGACACCACCUCUGCCUUGAUCGAAGCUGUCAUUUCGGGUAGUGAGAAAGACACUCAGCUGCUAAUUGAGCAUAACGCCGAUGUGAACCUGCAGGUGGGAGGGUGCUACGGUGACGCUAUUGGUGCUGCUUUCUGGACAAUUCUGAACUGGAAUUACAAUACUCCAUAUCCGGCUGAUUCAAUUAUCAAAGCGCUCGAACAAGCAGGUGCUAAUCUCGACAACUUGACGGGCAAGCGCCUCAACAUCGCGCUUGCUGCUGCUGCGCACGCCGGCCUGAAUGACGCAGCUCAAGAAUAUCUCGAGCGCGGCGCAAAUCCGAAUGCAAUUUUUGACCACGAAUACACCACUGCACUCGGUGCAGCUGCAGCCUCGGUCCACCCCCGCGCACCGGACAUUAUUGGCAUGCUUCUACAGCGCGGCGCUAAUGCCAAUAUCUACUUCCCGACACCCAGCAACGGCUGGUCAAUUUACAACAGACUUGCACUUGAUUUUCCUCUACAGACAGUAUUAAAAGGCGCACACGGGGAUGAGGCCGAGAUUGACUACAUGAAACGCCUGGAUACUUGCCUCCGUUCAGCCGAAAUCCUCGUGUCAGAGGGCGCCAUCUGGGACAUUGACUUCGCACAAUGGAGGGAAUGUCUCGAAAAGAAAGCACCUGUGUUCUCCCGGCAGAACGUCAAGUCUCUGAAUCAACUACAGCAGAAACUGAUUGAAAAUCGACAAACCUUCUUCCAGAGAGACCAGGAAGCAGUAAACAAUGAAGAUUGGGAGAUCAAAGACGCCAAGCCUGACGAAUAUGAUUGGAGAAGAUCUAUUCUGCGUGUGAUGCACGAAAUCUUGCGUGACAGCUGA